GUCUACUGCUACUGUUUUGAAAUUUUUGUUUUCUUGUAAAUUUUGUAACGUACUGCAAAAAUUUGAAUUGUAAUUUUUGAAUACAUUUUACAUUUGAUUACUUUUUGUUGAAUAUCAACCUGUUUGUUCCAUGUCCAAAUAUGAAAAGACUGUGUUUAUUUUGUUUUUUCAUACAGUUAUAAGGACAUAGGCUAUCUAGCCUAAAUGCAAAUUUAACCAAAAAGUUAAACUUUGAAAUAUGAAUGUAAAUUGAAAAUUGCCACAAUCGUGUUUAUAUUUAAUACACCGGUAAUUGCAUUGCCAUCAUUUCAUUAUCUUGUUAUAAUUUAGAAUAGAAAGGGGGCACAUUUUACAUAUGUGUAAAUAUUUGAAUUUGGCAAUAAAUUUGAAAAUAGGCUAUAAAUUCGCUUUUUUCUCUGCCAGCCAGGAAAAUGUCUCAUGAAGAUCCUGAACUUGUGAGACAUCUUCAAGGUCACAAAGGAGAAAUUACUUCUCUCACAUUUGAUAAAGAUAAUAGAUUUCUCGUUACAUCGAGUAUUGACAAGAGUCUCAUGCUAUGGAAACUCAAUCAGAAUGGUGCUUUGAGGUUUUUGGGCCAUAAAGAUGAUGUACUCGACGUGUCUUUUUCACCAACGGGCAAACUUUUGGCGUCCUGUUCAAGAGAUAGAACUGUACGAUUUUGGGUGCCAAAAGUGCGAGGUGUGUGCAGUAAUUUCAAAGCGCACACUUCUACAAUACGAUCGAUUCAGUUUUCGUCUGACGGCAGACAUGUCGUUACAGCCUCCGACGAUAAAAUGAUCAAAAUCUGGGAUGUUUCCAGAAAGAGGUUCGUAUCCUCAUUUGUAGGACAUAGCAACUGGGUGAGGUGUGCAAGAUAUUCUCCAGAUGGUCAAACUGUAGUCUCCUGCUCUGAAGAUAAGACUGUCAAAGUUUGGGACUCCAAAAGCCAUGAAAUCGCCCAUACAUUCAACUUAAUGAGAGGAUAUGGUGUUCACGUUGCCUAUCAUCCGAAUGGUUGGUGUGUGGGUGUUGCUAUGUCGAACGGUGUUGUGAAAAUCUUCGAUACCAGGCACAAAAACCUGCUGCAACUCUAUGACGAUCACUCAGAUACAGUGGCUCGUCUAUCAUUUCAUCCCUCUGGUGAAUACCUGAUGACAGCUUCCCACGACUCGUCAAUUAAAGUGCUGGAUUUAAUGGAAGGAAGGGCAAUAUAUACGAUUGAAGGUCACAAGGGUGCCAUCACAUGCGUGGCUUUCAAUGACGGUGGAGACCAAUUCGCUUCUGGUUCUGUUGACAAUCAGGUAUUUCUUUGGAAGACAAAUUUUGAUCAACAGAAAUUUACAAGAGAACCGAAACAUACACAGCGAAAUAAUAAUAGUUCAAGUAAACCUGAUGAUUCACGCCGAUUGUCAUUUGUGGCUGACAAGCGAACCACUCAACCUGAAAUUACAGUAACAAACGUUGACUGCCUGGAUGAAAACGAACUAAGCAGAACAUACAUAGCAGAAGAAUUUCAAGAAAUCGGCGAUACUGUUAGAAAUAAUAAAUCUGUCGAUAAAGAUGUAAAUCGAAAUAGCACAGAAAAAGAUAAAGCCAAGUGGAAUGAGGAGGAAUCAGAAGACAAGAAAGUGACGAUGAAAGACGUUCUAACUGCCCUAAAAAACAUUGAGAAUCAGAUGAAAGCAGCUGAAGAGAAGAACCAACUUUCUAUGCAAGUAUUGGAAUUAAGGCUUUUGAAAUUGGAAACCGAAAUUAGUCAUCUGAAAAAUAAAACGUAAACUUGAUUCUGUAACAAAACCAACCACUAGACAUCGACUAAACUUUGAAAUCCUUAUUUCAAAGAAGUUAUCUAAAACUGAAUAUUCAUUGAAACUUGCUAAUAAUUAUUGUCAAAAGAAAUUGAUUUAAUUAUUCUGAUCAUUAUGAGCAAGUUUUUUUGUCUUGGAUGUAAAUUUAAAACUCUGGAGCUAUACUAUUAACUGUCAAUUAAGCCUAACAAAGAAAUGUUCGUUUUUGAGAAAAAUAUAUUUAUUUUAUACAU